CAAUAGAGAGAGAGAGAGAGAGAGUUGUAUGCGCCUUCUUAUCCGAUCGAGCCGCCCACCUUUCUCUAUCCCCUUAUCUUCUCCUGCUCCUAGCACUCCCCAACUUUUUCUUAUUUCAACUUAUUUGUCUUACCAUUGUUUCAAAUUAAACCCCAUCCUCCAAAGUAACAUCCCACCUUCUUUUGUUCUGUUUGAGUUUGUUACCCUGACAAACGCAUUAAUCUCACAUUACUCAUUUACAUACAUCAUACUUGAUUCCAAAUCAAGGAAAUCAAAAAUUUCUUUCAAACAAUCUUGCAACAGGCCUUCUGAUCUUUUGUUCCAGAUCCAGCCUCCAGGAAGAGCAACAUAUAUUAUACCUGUAAUACAGGAGAAGGUCGUAACUAGCUAUGACACGUUCUCAAAGAUUCCUCUCAACAGCUCAUCACGCUGAGGCUCCUCCGCCAGAUCAGGCAGUGACCGUGGAGUCUGACUUUGUGGUGAUAUUAGCUGCUCUCCUUUGUGCAUUGCUCUGCGUGGUGGGUCUCAUAGCUGUAGCGCGCUGCGCAUGUCUCCGCCGUCGACGAACUUCUAUCGACGCCAACAACAACGCCUCUCAGGCUCAGGCCUCAGCCAACAGAGGUCUCAAAAAGAAGGUUCUUCAAUCUCUCCCCAAACUCACCUACAUGUACGACAAAGAUGCUGCAAAGUUUGCAUCAGUGGAGUGCGCUAUAUGCUUAGGGGAGUUCGCGGAGGGAGAUGAGAUCAGGGUAUUGCCCCAGUGUGGGCAUGUCUUCCAUGUGGGUUGUGUAGACACCUGGCUUGGCUCCCACUCCUCGUGUCCCUCGUGUCGUCAGAUACUAGUGGUGGCCAGGUGUCACAGGUGCGGCCAGUUCCCUGCUGUUUCUGAAGCUGAAAUGAAGGCCCCACAACAGAAUUCCAAUGCAACGAACUCUUUCUUGCCUUAGCAGUUUGGAAUAACAAUCAGUCCGGAUUUUCAUUUGUUUUUUUAACUCUCCCUUGUAAUUAAUCUUGGUUAUUUACAUUACAUAUGUUAUACCUACGCGGAACUGUACUUCUAGUUGUUUAGUAAGUACUUACUAGUCUUUUUCUCAAAACGUUUUUUGGCUUAAGCAUAUCCUAGAAAAAAAAAUUAUAUUU